CCUCUUUUUAGAAACUAGCCGACAAAAGGUUGGUCAUUUCCGCUUCAGGCUCACUGUUGUAGUUAGCAGUCAACGAUGGGGGAUAUUUGAGGAACGAAGUAGCUAAGCGCUAGCUUUUCGUAAAAAGUAACAGCUAGAAGUACCUUUUUAUUUUAUUUAUUUUUCAAACGCUUGUUUCUUUAUCUAAACGUUAAGUGAAUAUGAAUCUGUCGAAGUCGUUUACACGAGCCACAACUACGAUGUUGAAUAUUCAAAAUGGAGUCGUCGGAGGAUCUUCGUACCCUGCUGGUGCUAGCCCUUUGUACUAUUUCGGCGCGAAUGGGGCCGUAUGUGCUGGGGCGUCACCGAAGUCUAAAGUAGAUACUGACUUGGGAAAUGGGACUGGCGAUACUCCACCACGACCCACGAAGUUAGCAGUGAAUGUCGUGAAAAGCAACGUCCUAGAUAAUCAUUUGUCAGACCGAAGCAACAAUGACGACUCUGACGACUCUUUGCCGUGCACUCCUCAGAUGGCGUCAGAGUGUGGGCCUGACAUAUCGAAUUGUCCAUCGGGCGAUGAAGUAUUGGAACAUGAUACCAGACAACUCAUUGAGAACGUCUUGGGGGACUACACAGGACUGUCUCCGUCUCGUUGGAAGCAAAGCAAGACUCUUACGACGAUGAAGCGAGUGGUGGAGGAUGUAAUAGCGAAGCACCGAUACGCAUACAAUGGUACGUAGAUGGUCUUGAUGUAUCCAAAUCACUGGCACUAACUAGCUAUAUCCUAAUUUUCUGUUUAAAGAUGGUAUUGAGCUCAUCAUGCGCUAACUUGGUUAAUAACAGAGCAAUAUUAUCAGGAAUAUGGUUAGUUCGUUUUACUCAGACCUUUUUAUUAAAUGUUUUAGGUAUGAUCGACAAACUUGACUUGGAUGAUCGUAGCGAUGACAUGAGCGUCAUCAAGUCUGUGGCCAAGACCCUGUUCAGUGAUGGGAUCACGAACUGGGGUCGCAUCGCCAGCCUAGUGGCAUUUGGAGCAGUGGUGAGCCAGCACCUGAAGGAGAGGGGCAGGGGACACUGCGUUGAGUUGGUGGGCCAAGAGAUCGCCACAUACCUCCUCUCUGACCAAAGGGACUGGCUGGUCAAAAACAAUGCAUGGGUGAGUCAUCUAUGUGGCCCAUUAGUCAUUUGCAGAUGUGAGACAAUCUAAACUUGUUCAGUAGCUAAUAAUAAACCUAACUCUGCCUUUGGUCUCUUUCUCAGAAUGGAUUUGUAGAGUUCUUUCAUGUGCAGGAUCCAGAGUCCUCAGUAAGGAACACCCUCAUAGCCUUUGCUGGAGUUGCUGGGAUUGGGGCAACACUCGCCAUGUUGAUCAGGUGAAUUGAACUAUAAAAGACUUACCUGUUACUUUUUUUUCAACGAAGAAAAUGGACUAUUCCCGCAAGUUCUCCGAAAUCCUUAAUAUCACCAUGGUUGGAAUGACUACCCAAUGAUGUCCUGUUUGGUCAAAGAAGAGGGUCAGUCUGUUGUGUGACCGACUGAAUUGGGACAGUGCUUUGGUGUCAAGCUCAAGUUUGCUUUUUUCCGCAUCAAUGUUUUGGUGCCUUUUUUGUUUGAGGGGCCAUAUGAGGAUAUUUGGUAGUUGUCGGAACGGUAUCUAAUGGACUUGUUAAAUGGCGCUUUUAUUUAAUGUACAAAGUACAGACAUUUUAUUUUUGUAAUAAAUUUAUAGUUGAAUUUAGACUCGUACAGAAACAUAGUUAAUUCCUCUGCAAAUGUUCAACUCACUCAUUUUAAGUAAUCAAGAUGGAAAAGCACUAGCUAAUAGCUAUAAUUCACAAUGGCAAAGUUCCGCCUCUGACCAUAAAGUUGGCUCAAAUGACUUGUGUUUCUGUUCCUUGUGAUAUUAGUCAUACAUGUACAUACAGGGAUUGGUGUAAGAAAGGCAGAACCUGCAUUGAACUGACCAAUGAGGGCCUUAGAAUUAAACUAAGAAGGUAAACCCAGGCUAUGGGCAUUGAAAAUGUAAAGCGCUUACAGCAGGAAAGACUGUAUUUUACAUGCAAUUAAUUGCCUUACAUGCUUGUCACGCAUGUCAUAAACCCCCUAUCUCGCCUACAUCCCAUUCAUAAGUCCAUGUUCCUUGGGGUAGAUUUGCCAGUCAUGCCUGGCAAACUAUUUGCGUGGCUGCAAUGUGACUUCCUGGUUAAGGAAAUAUUGUGGCUGUUGCACUAGGCUUUACUGGGAGGGGGAAGGGAGGAACGUGUUUGAAAGUCAGUUCAAAAUUCCAUUCUCAAGACUAUGCUGAUUGUAUUUGAAGCAUUUAAUUUCCAAAUUAUAUCCAUGUAAAUGAAAUGUGCUCGCAGGUAUGAGUUUUAAAUAUGAGCUUAAAGAUUGCAAAUGGUCUCUGGCGUUGGUUCAAUAGAGGCAAGAUCGUCUGGACAGUAAACAUGUACAGCAGUUCCACCUAAUAAACUAGCACUAACCCUCCUGAUGCAUCUUGCUGGCAAAUUCCUUAAAUUAAAGGAUAAAAUCAUGCAACUUUUGUGACUGCAAUGAAUAAAGGAUGUGACUUUAUUCACUUUUUGGCUGCAAUUGUCUCAAAGCAGAAGUUCAACUGUUAACCUGCUGUGAACUUUGGGACUACUUUUCGAAGGGGUGGGGGAUAUUUUGUGAAAAGAUAGCAGUGACAUCUGCUCUGUGCUAGUUUCUGGUGCUGGAAGGUAACCCCAUACACAAAUUAAUUCCUGUGUUGUACAUAGUCAUCUACCUACACACACAAACAUGCUUAUUCACUCCACUCCCCCCGGACAUGCACUGUGAGGUUAUUUCCUAGAAAUUGCGCUUCUGUGUUAACCAUGCAUAUGUGUGUCAUAGGCAGAAGUCUACCACAGUAUCACUUCAUCUGCAGCCUCAGUUGUCAGAAACAUAACCAUUAUUAAACUAAGAUCACCUGAACCACUUGGGUGACUCAACCUCUGAGUUGCCAAUAAAAUAAGUUAAUAGCAGUCCAAAGAUCUUUUACAAUGUUGCAUAACUUCAGUGAGCUUCACCCUUUAGGUUUAGAGAUGUUUCCACAUAAAUUGCAUCUGACAUCUGUCUGCGCCACAAUCAUAGCGUUGCAACAGUUGAAGCAAAUAUGAACCACAUCCUUUGUUGCUCUCACUAAUUUACCAACUUGAGAAUUGCUUCUGCAUAUUUAAUCAUGUCUUGAUUCCAAAGCAGUAUUUUAUCUCCGAGUGCCACAGGUAUAAUGCAUCCAGUGUAAAUGUAUUUAGUGAUUUGCAAACUAAAAUGACUGAGUGACAGCCCGGAAAUACCACUGAUCUUUCUUUGCAUAUGUGUUCGUCACUGAUGUAUAGAAAGGUCAGAACCAGACUGGUUAUUGUAGAUUAGGCUUUCCCCUGAAGCUUAAGGAGGAGAACUCUGGGGGGUGGGGCUAAUGGCGGAAGGAAACAGGUCAGCAAUGUACAAUCUAUUCAGGCAUGCUUUUAGACAGCUAUGGAAAUCAGCCACAGAGCAGGUAUUGUUUGACGUCUGCUGGGCCGAGGGAAGUUGGAGAUAUCACAGAGGGUAGUGAUGCAAGUCGAGGGGAAAUACGUUUACUCUUGUGUUUGCACUCAGUCUCAUAAGAACAAUUCUUCAAAUGUAAUAUGUGUAACUUAUGGGGUUUUCAAUAAGGAAAUUACAUAACAUCACUGGAGAAGACUCACUAGUCUCACCUAGGCUAAUCUUGGAACAAAUUCACAUUACCUGUGUCAGGGCAUGCCGUACUUCGGAUAAAGAGGGUUUCUUUGGUAAUGAAAGGUGGUAUGGAAACAACAAUAUGCUAGAGUAAACAUACUAUGUACUUUAAUUUCAUGGGAACAUGGUUGUUUUGGGGAAGGGCUGCAGCUAUAUCAGGCCUCAAUUAAGGGAAUCCUUUCAAAGGGUUAUGUUGCUCUUAGUCAUUAAUGAUCCCUCUGUGUGUGUGGUAGGUCUGUUUGUUCAGAUCUGUCGUCUCUGGUUACAGCACAAACACACACCCAUAGAGGUCUUAUGAGGAAUCGUAGGCCCUCUCCAUGGUGACUAAUGCACACGUCAGACCUAAACUAAUCCUCCUGCUAAUGACGAUGGCUGCCACCGUGGUUACCAUCACCACAGGGAUAGUUCAUGUGGGCCUUGCCAAGCACUAGCUACAUAGGGGAAAUUUGGAUCUGAGCUGAGGCAACCACAUUUUACACAAUAAACAUUGAUGGAUAGUAUGCUCAAAUCACAUAUGACACCGAAACUAAACUGUUAUUUCACACUGGAUUUUUUCUAAGGUAAAGAGUAGUUCCCACAGACCCGGCGCCAGGAUAAUGUGACUAAAGGCGUCC